AUGUCUUUCUUAGCUGCUUCUGAAGACACUAUGGCUUUUGAGUUGUGGCCUAAGGCUAUGAAGAACGAGGUUAGGAGGUUGCAAGGAGAUGAAGGCUAUGUUGCAUGGCAAUUAUUUCCAUGUUCAUUGCAAGCCAUGGCGAAAUGGGCAGAUGUAUAUCAAGAUCCCAAGCAAAAAGAUAAGUCAAGGGACCACAUCCUAAUCUACAAAGAUGUAGAAGACGCGCAACCGGGAACCAUCUAUCCUGUGGCCAUCUGUCUUCAAGGAAUGUUAGGCAGAUUUUGUAUCGAGAGGUUCGGAUAUUGGUCUGGCUCAGGUAUUGCAGGGAUGAAUCAGAAGUUACAUGCGCUGUCCAAUACAUGCAUAUUUCAUGUGGAGGACACCAACAAGCUUGGGAAGCUACCAUCCAUUCCCUUAAUCUUGCCUGUGAAUAUGAAUCGUGAGCAGGAAAGAAUUGUACUUGCAAAGGAACCUGCGCUCAUGGCCGCACAAGAUCCAGGAGGCAAAUACAUCUGUGUGCAGGAAUUGUGGAAUGUUGUCCAUCCUUUGACUGUAGCUGACUUAACAGGCAAAGGCAAAGUCCUGCCCAUGGAUGCUAUUCAUUUGACAGAAGGUGAUUUCGUAGAUGUCGGGGCUGAAUUGGAUUUCGUAAUGAGUCGAGAUUGA